GGCCCGGCUGAGCCCCGCUCUCCUCUGCCCGCAGAGCCUGAGCACCGGGAUGGCGGUGGCCGGGGUGCUGGUGCUGGCCCGCAGCGUCCGCAUGACAACAAAGUUUACUAGUGCUUCGGAUAUUCCUGUGGGGUUUGUAGAAAAGAAUGUGAAAUUGCGAGGAAAAUUACAUCACAUAACUGAGAGAGGCCUGGAAGUUGAACACAUUCCCAUUAGCGUUCCUUUCAUUUCAUCGAUACAGAGAAAAUGGCAAUCAAAAGGUCUUCUGCUGGUGAGGCUUGCUGGGGUGGAGUUGGCUCCGAGUGGCAUGGCCUGGUUACAGCAGGAGUUAAAACCCAAACAAACGAUAUGGUUCCAACUUCUUGGAAGGGAGGACUUGGCCCUUGAGUGCCUUGUUUUAGUAAAUAAGGGUCGAUUUCUCAGCGUGUGCUUAAAUGAAGAGAUCUUGAGACAAGGGCUUGGCAGAACAGCCCGGAUUGAAGGACUACACCACGAUUCCCGUCUGUACUGGAAACUUCACAAAAGACUGCUUCGAGCAGAGUUAAAGGCCUUGAAGAAAAGUAAAGGGAUAUGGAGAGAAGAAAGCUACUCUGAAAGAAUUAAAGAUCGUAUAAGCAACAAUAAAUUCCUACAGACACUGAAACAAUUUGCAAACUGGUUGAGAGGCUCUAUUUAAGGGUAAAAAGGGAGACCGGCUUGGAGGAAUGCCAGUUACCGGUGUCACGUGCUUUAUGUAAAGUAGAAGUUUAUGAUAAAAAACAGGGCCAUAAUUUUGAGGGUCCUUGUCUUGAACAGAAAACUCAUUGUUAUUUAAUGCCACAUUCUAACCCAGAUGGGAUUGAAAUUUAGUAGUAGUAGUAGCCAGGCCACAAAUUAAAAAGUUCUGAAGCUGAAUUUUUCUACAAUAAUGUCCUAAAUGAGUUGUCCACUUUUCCACCUGCUACAUACCUGCACAGCUGUGUUAACUGAGUAGUGAAGGGAGUCCACAGUCCAGUUUUUGAGGUACAGAUUUAGUUCACAGUCUACGGCCUUAAAUGCUUCUCUGUUUCAUGUCAUCACUACGUAGCCCACAUUGGUUAGAAAACUCCAUUUCAGACCUUUACAAAGCUUGUGGUAUGUGUUUACACAUGAGUAUUUUAUUUGAGUUCUAUUCUUAUACUACUUUUAUGUAUAAUUUGUGUUUUAAAAAUGUUUCAUCCUGAAUAAUGGGCUGCAUAGUUACCUAUAUAAAAAGGUAAUUUGUUAUGGCUGGUCUUAAAAAGCUGGUCGUAACAAUAUGAUCGUAACAAUAUGACACAUAAAGUCAUAACAACUAAAGUUUCUCAGGAAAAAAAAAAUCACUUGGUGUAUCAAAGAAUAUAAAUUCAUAUGUCAGUAAUCCGAAUUUUUAGAAGACAACAUUCACUUGAAGAGGAAAAAUCUAUGCUGUUUUUUUCUGAUGGUUCUAUAAAUACCUAAAAUUAGAUUAUAAUAAAAGUUUAACAUGAAAUUUGAAAAGGUGGACCAUAGUGUGUUAAGAACUUAAAUUCUUGUUUUAUUUUUGAAACAGAUGUUGAGUAUAUGAGAGCAUAUUAAUAUUUAUUUUGUAAAUAUUCUCAGAAUAAACAUUGAAUUUCUUA